AUGGUUAAAACACUGUUUAAUACAUGCUUGGCAGCUGUGUGCAGGCAUAAUUUAUAUGAAUAUGUGUCAGAUUUACCGCCAUCCUGCAAGCAACGUCUACUUGAGUUUUUUAGCUCACAUGAUCAGUUGUUUCUGUCAGAAUGUGCUGAGCUCGUCUCAUCACCAUCUUUUGGACGUAACUUGACCGAACUACGUUUUUAUUUAAGCGAUCAGCUGACGGACAAUAUCUUGGAGGCUAUUGCAGCUCAUAACCGUGCUUUUCAGCGAAUUGCCAUCAUAUUUUGCCAGAAUGUUUCUGAUAAGGGUAUUCAAGCUAUCACACUUGGACAAUGGAAACUUGAAAAAUUAGAAUUGCGCGCUUUACGAAAGCUAACUUGCGAUGGUUUAUCAUUGAUAAAAUCCACUUUUCUGCACACAGUUGAUCUAAGUUCCUGUACAAAGAUAAAAAGUCAUGGAAUAUAUCAAUUGGUAUCUCUGAAUCGUAAUAUUCGUUGCUUGUAUUUGAAUAAUUGCAGAGGCUUAAAUGAUCAGGCGUUGUAUGAUAUUGCACACUAUCUUGGUCAAAAACUAGCUAUUUUGGAGCUUGAUUUUUUACCUAACGUAAUCGAUCCUGCUUCUGCCUUGUUCUACUUGAGUCGUAACUGCUCAAAUAUCAAGCAGUUAUCGCUUUGUCGCUUUUUUGAAGCAGAAAGUGAACUUGCAUUAAUGCCUGAAUAUAGAAUUGCUGGUGCAGGCUUGCGGGAUGUUGAUUUAUACGGGAACUACUUUUUCACUUUACCUGUAUUACCACCAACAGUAAGCAGAAUACGACUAUCUUUAAGUGGCAGCGAAGAUGUUGAUAGCUUAAUUAAUCGUCUAGACACAUUACCUCAGCUUAGGAGUAUUCAUUUGCAGCUAAACUGCAAGGACCCUAGCUGGCGAUGUGUAGAAGAUGCUAACGCUUUCCUACGUUCUAUAUUACCUUAUCUUGGAAACAAAAUCACACGACUUCAUAUAUCGCUUCCUACCAUUGUUGAUGGUGUCUUUGGUCUAAUAACGCAAAGCCUGCCCAAUUUAAGUCAUUUGGCACUGGAUGUGAAACAUAUCAAUAACAAGUUGUUGCGGUUAUUUUUCACUGGAGGCAUACGUUCGCCAGGAUCAAGGCUACGGUCACUUAAACUACGUCAUCUUCGAGCUACAUACAGAGCUUUGUUUGCAAUCGCUCGGGGUGCUCAUUCAAUAACGGACUUGGAGGUAUCACACAUUUUAUCUGUUGAUGAUCGUUUCUUAGCACUAUUGGCAGACAAUUGUAUGAGUUUGAAGAACGUCAACUUUAAUGGCUGCAGAUACGUCACAGAUGAAGGACUUGCUGCGCUUGCAAGGAAAUGUUGCUUAAAAGAAGUGCGUAUUCGUGCAACGUCAUGUACAGACAAAUCAAUUUAUCUGCUCGCGCAGUUCUGUCCAGAUCUUGAGUGGAUUUCGCAUGCCGAUUUUAGCGGACGCCCUAAGUUUAGUGCUAAAGCACUACAGUGCCUCAAAGACUCUUGCGUUCAAAGAGUAAUAUGCUAG